AUGGCUGUUAGUGGGCAGAGUUAUGGAGAAGAAACUGGGGUAGCAAGCAAGACCAAAAAGGCUGCAGGUACUCUUCAUACUCGAAGGUCCAAGAGCAUUGAUCUAGCUUCCUACGAUCCUGAGCUUGAACGAACACUUCAAAAGCUUCAGAGAAAAAUCAAGCAGAAGCGUGCAUCGGUUGUGGUGGCUCCAAAACAGCAGUCGAGGAUGCAAAAGAGGACUAGAAAAGAUACAAAUGAGCAAGGGGAGAUACAAACCAAAAAUCUUGAGCAAGAUGAGGUUUCAACAGAAACUGAAAAGUCUCCUAAAGCUACAGAAUUGAACAAAAAAGAUUCUGAUAAAAUGCCCAAGUAUGCAAAGUUCCUUAAAGACCAUUUUACAAACAAGAGGAGAUUCAAUAAUCAAGAAAUUGUGGCAUUAAGUGAGGAAGUAGCAGUUGUUUUACAGAGAAAGCUGCCACCAAAGUUGAAAGAUGCCGGUAGCUUUACCAUUCCAUGUAUAAUUGGAGGGAAAGAGUUUGGAUUUUGUGAUUUGGGGGCAUCCAUUGAUUUGGUGCCAUAUUCAAUGUAUGAAUCAUUGAACCUUGGACACUUGAAGGAAACAAAGCUAGUAAUCCAGUUGGCAAAUCGUUCAAAUAGAUAUCCCAAAGGCUUUUUCGAGGAUGUACUUGUGCAAUUGAAUGAGCUCAUUUUUUCCACUAACUUUUUUGUUCUUGAGAUGGAACAUGACCCUAUGCCUACUGCACUUCCUCUUAUAUUGGGAAGACCAUUCCUUAGAACGGUGCGUGCAAAGAUUGAUGUCUACGAUGGUACCUUAACCAUGGAAAUUGAUGGAGAAAGCGUCAAGUUUAGAAUCUUCAAUGCUAUGAGGUACCCUAGUGAUUUUGAAUCUUGUUUGUCUAUUGAUGUGUUUGACGAUUUUGUGCAGGAUUGUUUUAAUGAAGGUGUGGGACAAGAUAAUUUAAAGAAGGUGUUAGUGCAUAGAACAUGGAAUGCUUAA